GUCGACCAUGAAUAAGCAUGCCGCCCUGGGCCGGUCAACACGAAUCACUCCGAAUUGAACAUCCGCCCGCUUGACAUAUAGCCAGCGAGUAGCGCGACUCUCCAUCACGACCUUCCCGUGUGCUCCGACGACAACGAGAGUUGGCUGGUACAGAAGCAGGGCACCCAUCGUCAUGGUGCCAUUACCACUAUUCAAGCUCGCUGCGCUGUUUGUGCGGCACGUAUCCAAAUACGGCGCGAACCACAUCAAACAUCAAGCCCAUGAACACCCACGAUUCCGAGCCUUUGCCGCCCGGUAUGGCCAGAUCAUACAUCAGAUCAACAUGCGAUUGUCAGUUGCCCUGCUGCGGAACUCAACUGCCGAGCAAAGAGCGAAAGAGAAGGUCGAGAUACCCACAGUAAAGACAGAGGAACAAGUCAAAAAGGAAGAGGAGCUCCGAGCCAAGUACGGCACGACGGCGCGGGAAUCACACCCGGCCAAGGAGACCCCCCGGAGUGUGUGGAGACGCAAAUUUCGGCCGCUGCCCGAGGCCAAGGCGGUCGACCUCUUCGCCGACGUUAUCGGGGAUGCGUUUAUCCUCGGGGUAGCCGGGGGGCUGAUCACGUACGAGUACUGGAAGUCUUCGCAGAAGCCUGAUAAGAACAAGGAGCUGAUUGAGGAGCUCCAACGGCGGAUGGAGGAGCUGAGGAUAAAAGAGGAGGAGCUGGCAGCGGUGGAGAAGAUGCAAGAAGAACGGGUCCGCUUGAUCGAGGACGCCUUGAGGGCGUUUAAGGAUCCGAAAACCAAACGGCCGCUUCUGCCUACACCAACAGCACCAGCACCUGCCUGAGAAGCUGGAGAGGAGCUGGAGAGCAGGAUCCUCAGAGUUGGCCAAUCCAGAAAAACCUGUUCCGGACCGAGUCUUGGGGGCACAGCAGCUUGUCUUUUGGCUGCGGCGUGCUCAUCUUGUACGAUGAUGUAACAAUCUCAGGCAGAACUAAACCUGCAGUGGUGCUUGGAGGUGCAAUGUAAGUUAGUGAGGAAGGCGCGAGGGGCCUCUUGCCACCGACGCGGACCCGAAAACCUUCUCGGAAGCGAAGACAACCUGGAUAGAAGCGAUACCCUCUGAGUUGUUGAUAGACCGUCAAAUUCCUCUCACAUUCACCUUCUU